AUGAGCAGGCAAAGAUGCAGUACGGCCUGCAACAACAGCGCCAACGUGCCAUGCAAAAUUGAUGGUUUCGUUGGGUGUUGGGUGGUUGUGGGGAUUAAGUGGCUGCUUUAUGGGCGACCAAGGAGCAGGACAUUCAGGGAGCUAAAAACAUAG